ACAAUUAAUAGUUAGUACAGGAUAUGAAAUAGUUUUGAUUUUUUUAACGUCCACAAACCGCAAUUAAUAUACUUUUCUCACGAUCCUUUCUGUGUUGCGGAUAAACCGCUACAGUUAUUCAAUUGCGUGAGACCGUUAUGUGUAUGAUACUAAAAUUGGUCUAUUGUAGUUCAGAUGUCCGCUGAUGGUGUAGUGUUUCUCUGGUGAUCGAAACUCCGAAAUUUGUUAUGUUAUUUGCUCAGCGUCACGCCCUGUCCAUCAUUCUCGUAUUGUUUGUGGUCGCCCUUUCAAGUGGCCAGGAUUACAGGUACCAAACAUACAAUGGCCAAAACUAUCCGCCCUCGCAAACAGCAUAUGAUCGGAAUCUGCCACAAUCGGCUAACCCUUACAAUCCACUACUAGACCAAUACGGUCAACAGAAUAACUACCAGAAUCGGUUGCCAUACAAUCAACCUGGUCGUCCUGGAACUCCGUCGUAUCGACCCAAUGGACAAAAUUAUGUUGGUGAUGAUAUGUUAUUGCUCCCUGGGAUACUGGGUCGGUGGAGACCAGAUUUACAAGGCAAAGAGAGGACAGAUUCAAAACAAUUGGAUAGAGACGUAUUUGUAUCCACAAAAUAUGGUCAAGUGCAGGGAUUUAAAGUGCAUCUGUAUGACAAUCCUCUACCUGAGAAUGGUUAUAGACCUUUUCAAACACCUGUUGAGCGAAAACAAGCUGAAGUAGCCGUGUUCUUGGGCAUACCAUAUGCAGCGCCACCAAUUAAUGAAGGAAGAUUUCGUCCACCACGACCUCAUAAAGGUUGGCAGUUACAUCAAGCAGUUGAUUUUGGAUCUGCAUGCCCACAGCCAGCCAUUUACACUGGUAUUACCAAAGGCGUGCCAAAAGUAGAUGAAGACUGUUUAUUUUUAAAUAUAUUUAUGCCAUCGACGGGUGUGGCCCCAGCUAAACCUUAUCCAGUCAUGUUUUACAUACACGGUGGUGACUUUGUACAUGGAUCAUCAAAUUCUUUUCAUGGACAUAUGAUGGCUGCAUUUUAUAAUGUUGUUGUUGUUGCUAUCAAUUAUAGAUUAGGAGCCUUAGGAUUUCUGAGCACGUGUGAUGACAAUUCUCCUGGUAAUUAUGGGCUUAUGGACCAAGCUAUGGCUCUACGUUGGGUUUAUGACAAUAUUGAAUUUUUCAAUGGUGAUCGUAAAUCGAUCACUUUAUUUGGACCGGAUGCAGGUGCUGCAUCAGCAGGAUUGUUAAUGGUUAAUCCCAAAACUAGUUUUAUGGUAUCCAAAGUUAUUGCCCAGAGUGGUUCAGCUCUUGCAGAUUGGGCACUUAUAAAAGAUAGAUGGAGGGCUUUAAAUACGACCAAAGUGUUUGCCGCUCACAUUGGCUGCAGUACUGAAUCUACUUGGAAAAUUGUUGAUUGUCUGAAACGGGGUAGGAGUUUUUUGGAACUCGGUUCAGAUUUUAAACCUCAAAUUGGGUUUAAUGCUUGGGGACCAAUUAUUGAUAAUGAAUUUUUGGUGCCUAAAAGUGAUUGGUAUGAUGGUUGGCAACAGUCAGAUUGGCAUUUUAUUAAUGAAUCAGUAAAAGCUGCUAUUCAGGCAGGUCAUUUUAACAAGGAUCUUAGGUAUUUGAGUGGUGUCACCACUCAAGAAGCAGCAUACAUAUUAUGUAAGAUUAUGAAACUAAUGUUUAUUUAUUAUGAAUCUUUAUUUAAAAAUAACACUACCAUUUUGUUGACAGAUAAUAAUAAAACAUAUACAGUAACUGAAGAGUUCUUCAACAACAAAGUUAAAGAAUUGGUUCUUCAGUAUAAUUACACAUUAAAUCCAUCUGGAGUUUACCAAGCUAUAAAAUACUUGUAUACUUAUUGGCCUGAUCCAAUUAAUCCGGAUUCAAUAAGAACACAGUAUAUAAAUAUGUUGUCAGAUUUUUUGUUUGUUGCUCCACAUGAUGAAAUAUCUAAAUUGCUUGUAGCUGAAGAUGUUCCAGUCUAUAUGUAUGUUUUGAAUACCACUGUAACGAGUAUUCCCUUGCCUGAAUGGAGACUGUACUCACAUGACACAGAAUAUUACUUCUUGACAGGUGCACCUUUUAUGGAUAGUGAGUUUUUCCCUCGUAUACCAGUUGUGGAUAAAAGAAAAUGGACUGACAAUGAUCGUAAUAUGAGCCAUUUUUUCAUGAAGGCUUAUACCAAUUUUGCAACUUAUGGAAAUCCAAGUCAAUCUCAGAUUUUAGGUAUACACUUUGAUAUGGCAUUUAAAAACGAUCUCAAAUACCUCAAUAUCAAUUCAACAUAUAAUACAACUAUUAAACAAAAUUAUAGACAAAUGGAAUCGGCAUUUUGGUCAGAAUAUUUACCUACUGUUAUUGGUAUUAUUGUUCCAACAUAUCCUCCAACUACAGAAUUUUGGUGGGAACCUAAAACUCCGAUUCAAGUGGCAUUUUGGGGUCUAUCUGGCCUUAAUAUGAUUUUAAUUGCUCUGACAGUAAUACUUUGCAUACUGUGGUGUAAUGCAAAGAAAACUAAAGAUCGUUAUUAUAAUGGAGAUGUGUUAGUCGUUAGAGAAGAGCCAAUGGCAAUGAGCCAUCAAGGCAUUGAUAACCGUAGUGUUACCAGUAAUAUUUAUGAAUAUCAUGAUGCACCUAUUAAGACAUUACAUGCUUCACCCAAAAAAACAGCAUCUGCUAGCACCUUGAGAACAAACAGUGCAGCUUCUAUGCGAGAUCAUCCUAUGGCCAUAAAUGAAAAACCUGUACCACAAACCCAGGUUUAAACUUUAUUCUAUUAUUGAUUUUAAAAUAGUUUAUUGAUGUUGUACUUUUUAAUCGUUUUAUAUUGUGCUAAAUUUGUUAGCCUACUUGAUAUUUUGGGAUGUUUGCAUCUAUGACUCCGUCCAUUAUUUUUUGUUUUUUAUAAAAAACAAAUUAUAUCGCUAUUAUGGUAGAUUAGGUUUCUCUUUACAGGUGCUUUCUAUCAAAAGUAGCUAUUGGGAAAACAAAUUAACAAAACGUGCUCUGACAAUUGAGGCAAUUUUUACCUUCCAAUUAGGGAUAUAUCCAUGUAUAAGUUUGGUUAUAUUGGUUUUAUGUUAUUUUACUUUUUAUAAUGAAUUAAUUUUGGUAUUGAAACUUUUUUGACAUUUAGUAUAACGAGUUAUACGCCGGUCAGUACAAUUUCUACUACUAUUAAAAAAUACAUUUAACUACACUUAACUCCUGGCAAAACGUGUACAAAAUUUCAGGAAGAUACAUAUUAGCUGAUAAUAGUAUCUUUACUCUAUGUAGGGAGGUAACCGCAUAGCAAUCAGUAUAACAGCGCUUCUGGUGUUAAUUUGUUUUCACAAUAUUCAUUUGUAUCAUGCCGUCCAUAAACUUUUUUAUACAUUAGAAUUUAUAUUAGUUAACUAUCCGUCCAGGGAAAUAUGCAAAUAUCUUAUGUCCAAGGUAAAUCUAUUUG